UGUUGAAGAAUCUUAAAAAGAUUUAUAAAAUUUUCAUAUUUUACUAAGAAUAAUUUAGAAGACUAAAAAAUCAUUUAAAAGAUUCAAAUAGAUUUUAUUUUUUAAGCUUUUUAGAAACAUUUUCCCUCUUAAAUAUUUAAAUUAAAUCCUCUUGAAAUUUCUUCAAAAUUUGAAAAUAUUUUUCUUCUAAAAUUGUUUUUAUUAUUUAAAAAAUUAAAAAUUCAAUUUAAAAUUAUUUUCAUAUUAAUUGUAUUCCCAAUUUCCAUAUAAGUUCACUUUAUGCUUUUUAUGGCAUCAUUCAAAAUUAAUUCAACAAUACUUACCUAUAUAAUCACGAGUUAAUUCUCCACUUAUUAUUAUUAUUAUUAUUAUUUUUAAAUUUUUAAUUUUUAAUUUUUAAUUUUUGUCUUUAACUCCAACUCAAAUUGGAAAUUAAAUAGAAUACGGGCUUGGGUUGGAUUGGGUCCGAAGUCUACUUACCGCACUCUUAAAUUACCAGGGACGAAAGAAGUACCGCUUCUCACAAUUCACAACUCUGUUCUUCACUUUCCUUCGAAUCUUCUCUCACGCGAACAAGGCCCUAACCCCUAACUUCCUUUCAGAGACCCUCUCUUUCUGAGCCAUGGACAUCAGCAUCACAGUACUUCCCGCCGGCGAGGGAUCGGGCACUGCUGGUCCGUUGUUCUCCGUCUCUCCUUCGUCUUCUUCAUCCAAGAAAAUCAAGCGUUUCGAAACCAAGAAGUGGAACGCCGUCGCCCUCUGGGCUUGGGAUAUGGUUGUGGAUACUUGCGCUAUUUGCAGGAACCACAUCAUGGAGCAUUGUAUUGAAUGCCAAGCUAAUCAAGGUAGUGCAACUAGCAACGAGUGUACUGUUGCUUGGGGCGUAUGCAACCAUGCCUUCCACUUCCACUGCAUAAGUCGGUGGCUCAAAACCCGCCAUGUUUGUCCAUUGGAUAACAGUGAGUGGGAUUUUCAGAAAUACGGUCACUAGAACCUGUGGCAGCAAUCAGGGACAUUCAAAUACCUCAUUUUCAUUUUUCUUUUGAACCGGCCACUUGGAGGUGGAGAAGCUGGAGCCGCAUAUUUCUAUCCUUCUAUUUUCUACUUCAUUACAGCGUUUCUUAGUUUCUGAACAGCAUUUUGGAUGUGAACCAGUUUGUAUUAUGAUGAUUGAGUUUGGUUCUUUCCACUUUGAUUUCAUAUAGAAGCUUAUUCAAUUUUCAA